AUGGGUGGGCGAUGGAGCACUGAACGGAUUGCCCGGAGAGCCGCACGGGGCCUGGCCGAGAAAUCCUCUGUACAGACAGUUGGUGAAGAACAAACACAGAAUCCUUACACGGAGCUCCUUGUGUUGAAAGGUCAUCAAGAUAUAGUACGAUUUCUAGUGCAAAUAGAUGACUGCAGGUUUGCAUCUGCAGGAGAUGAUGGAAUCGUAUGUCUAUGGAAUGCUCAGACUGGAGAAAAACUUUUUGAACUUCAUGGACACACACACAAAAUUACAGCUAUAGCACCGUUUUCUUCGUCAGAUGCUUUUGAAGAAAAAAGACAUUUGAUUAUAACAGCCUCAGCUGAUAGAACAGUUAUUGUUUGGGACUGCACUAGUGGCAGACAGGUUCAGAAAGUGUCAUGUUUCCAUUCUACUGUAAAGUGUUUGACAGUUCUUCAAAGACUGGAUGUAUGGUUGUCUGGAGGGAGUGAUCUAUGUGUUUGGAACCGAAAAUUAGAUCUCUUGUGUAAGACCAGUCAUCUUACUGAUGCAGGUAUCAGUGCUUUGGUUGAAUUGCCCAAAAACUGUGUUGCAGCAGCUGUAGGCAAAGAGCUAAUAAUUUUUAGGUUGACUGAUUCUAACAAUGAGUCUGAAGGUUGGAAUGUCCUUGAAGUAAAGCGCCUUGUUGACCAUCAGGAUAACAUUUUGUCAUUAGUCAGCGUCAAUGACUUGACUUUUGUGACCGGCUCUCACGUAGGUGAGCUAAUAGUUUGGGAUGCACUUGACUGGACAAAGCAGGCAUCUGAAUGCAACUUCUGGGACUCCUCUGUCCAUCCAGAUGUACAGCCAGAAAUAAAGUUAUCCCAAAGCCCAAAUGAAACUUCAGUUCAACACCUAACGUCUGAUGAGGAGUAUGUGUUUGCUGCUGUUGGGAAAGGCAUAUAUGUAUAUAAUCUUCAAAUGAAGUGUGUGAUUGCCUGUCAGAGAACUGCUCACGACUCCUCUGUGCUGCACAUCGAGAAGCUUCCAAACAGGCAGCUGAUCUCCUGCUCAGAAGAUGGCAGUGUGCGCAUUUGGGAACUCAGAGAAAAGCAGCAGCUGCCAGCUGAACCAGUUCCGACAGGGUUUUUCAACAUGUGGGGCUUUGGAAGGGCAAACAAGCAGGCAAAUCAAGCUGCCAAGAAGAUGCAGGAGAAUACACCUAUAUAUUUCUUGGAGCUGGUUGGGGAUUUGAUUGGUCAUUCAUCAGCUGUGCAGAUGUUCCUGUACUUUGGUGAACUGGGAUUGGCUACAUGCUCUGCUGACCACCUCAUUAUUUUGUGGAAGGAUGGUGAACGAGAAUCUAGCCUCCGCAGUUUAACACUAUUUCAAAAAUUGGCACAAAAUGGUGAUUUGCAGCUCAAACUUUAAAUUGCUUGAAUACAGGCUACAUAUAUGUAAAGUGGAUGUGUGUUAAACCUGAGUGUAAGGUAAUGUCUGAGCUACUGGGAAUCUGACUACCAGUAACGCUUACACUUGAUGUCAUGUACCAUAUUGGAAAUUUUAUUAGUUGCCAUUACUCUUCUGAAAGGAGAAUUUUGCAUGUUGGCUUACUCUGUCAGCAGAAAUGGUGUUGUCUUGAAAGACUGAAGAUAAUGAUGGCUCAUUAAAUAGUUUCUGAUGUUGUUCCCACA